CGGACAUGCAUAAAUAAAAUGGAAGGUUCUGAAUUACGUGACAGAUGGAAAAUGUCUGCCGACAGAGAUAUGUUCAAAGUGGCCAAAAUUUUGAUGAUCUCCGGGGGUACAUGGAAACUCAAAAUGACCAAAUCUAAACGAUUGCAGUUCUUCUAUUCGUUAUAUUCGGUAGUGGUUCAAGUUUUAUACGCUUCGGGUCCGCCUUCGCUUUUGAUUUCGUUAGUUUAUUUGUUCCAAACAGAUAUCGCAAAAGCCAUCGAAAAUAUAUCCAGACUAAUUGUGGUCACCUUGCAAGUACUUAAAGUGUUACUGUGUCAAUCGGAAGGGGUUGUCCGAAUAUUUUCUAGUGCCGUUCGAGAACAAGUUGAUAUUUACCGUCAACGCGAUGGAGUUAUAUGCAAAAUUUACCGCGAUCACGUAAACUACUGCAAGUGGACGACAACGCCUGUUGCCGUUUUGUUCCUCCUGUCGGGGAUGUUUCUCUCGGAAAUAGGAAUCGAGACUACCUACAAGUUCGAGCAAUUGCAGCGUCGAAGCAACGAAACCCUGGAGCUGCCGUUGACCGUGCCAUUUUGGUAUCCGUUUGACCAGAACGAGCACCAUCUCGCGGCACUACUUUUUCAAGUUUUCCAGUCCCAGUUCACUGCUUUAUAUUGUGCGGUGACCCAGGCCUAUUAUAAUUCCAUAUUUAUUUUUGUCAGGGCCCAAUUAAAGAUAUUGCAACAUAAUUUUCGGAAUUUUGAUGACCGUUGCGAAGCGAGCGGCCAGAUUUCCGAAAAUUUUACGUUGACUGCUUUGAAAAAACUAUGCCUAAAGCAUCAAAAUCUCAUUAGAUCUGUAGAGGAAUUAAAUGAUUCGUUAAAGUCAAUUAUGCUUUUGGAGUACAGUGUGACGUCGAUACUCCUCGCAGCUUUGUUGUUCCAGAUUAUGGCGCAAAUUGGAGUCGCAUUCAAUAUUUUCGUCUUCUUUAUUCUGUCAUGUCAACUGAUGGCAAUGGCUUGGAAUUGCAAUGAGAUAAUAAUUCAGAGCACGGGUCUGGCUUCUGCUCUUUACGAAAGCAGAUGGUAUGAGCACAGUCAACAAGUGAAGCGUAUUGUUCAAGUAAUGGUACUUCGCUGUCAGAUGCCCUUAAAUUUGACGAUAGGCCCUUUCGGACCCAUGACUGCAAAUGAUGGACUUUCGGUAAGUCAUGAAUGCUUAGCUAAACAUUUACGAUUUUUUGUGUUCUAUGGGCGACGAAAAAUUUUUCUACUUACUCUACUGCCAAUCGAUUUGCCAUCGACGAGGAAGAACAGCGGAGAGUUUAGCCAGAAGUUCACAUAUUAUAAAUGCUUGUUUUAUAUUUUGUUUUUCAAUGAAGAUUUUAAAUGUUAUUUUUGUUCCAGCGUCUAAAACUGGCUUACUCAUUUGUCUCCGUUAUGUCUUCUUAAUUUCGAAAACUCAGGAUUGAAUUUUGAAGGACACUUUAAAAUUUUUCACAUUUUCCUUUUUGUGGUGUAGUAAAAUAGUUUCCAACGAAGAAUUGGUGUGUUUCAUUUCCAAUUUCCUAUUCGAUGACAUUCUUUUAUCGCAAUCUGAUAGUUGUUUUUGGACAAAGAACAGGAAAAUAAUGUUUCAACCAAUAUAUGUUGGCAACGUAUUUUUUAGAAUGAGUUGCCUCAAUGGGAUUUAUCCAGACUUCCUCAAUCAUUUCAUCCACCGAUUCUAGGAAACUGAAUUAUGACGUUCACAUUUAUAUGUGUGUUUAUCGAUGUUCGCACGGAAAUAGACUAGGGAGGUCCAAGGAAAGAAAAUUAUGAGAAAACGUUAAGCUCACUUUUGAACUUAGUAAUUGUUUUUAUCUAUCAGUUGCUUGCUCUAUGUAGCGGGGCGGUGAGGGGGAGUGAUUGAAGACGUUGACGUUGACUUGUCGACAAACUUUUCUACUACUAUAUAAGUUUUAGUGUAAUGUCCAGUCACAGCAAUUGUGCAAUUGCGUCAUAGCAUGACAUCUUUAUCUAGUACAUUACUGAAUGUCGUAUCAAAAGCCUUAUCAAGCCCUUAUUUUAAAACUUGUGGAUUAUUAGAGAAAAAUAUGCGCGAAACCACUUUUACCCUUCAACGCUGUAUAUCUACAAUGUAAGUAUUUUUUGGCUCCAUACUUGAAAACAUCUUAUUUUUAUUAACGAGCAAUUUAAGUUUUUGAAAAUUAUUAAUUACAUAGGUGUUUAUUAUUGUAGUACAUUAUUGAUGUGUUAGAUAUUUCUCUAAGAUCGGUGCAUAAGCUUGUUUCUGGAGGCAUCAAAACCGAUCAUUAACCUAAAGUUAAAGUUCAGAUCAAAAUUUGCACGGAAGCGAUUGUAUUGAUAUUUCACAUGGUUCAUUGGUAUUGGUAUUAAAGGGGGGCGCCCUCGCGGGCGUCCAAACACUUAGGCCACCAGAUGGGCCCGUUGUGCCCCCAGAUCGCUCUAGAGGGCGUCCAGAAUGCCGCCCCUCCUAUAGAAGGUCAGCAACUCCUUUAGCUCAAUACCGUGCACUGAGUCCGGAUCGAUCAGGGCCGUUCCGAAGACUCCAAAUAUUGCCCAUGUCAAAGCAGGGCAUUUGAUGAGCAGACACAUGGUCAUUAACCGAUGGAUUAUAACAGUUGAAAUUUUGUUUAAAACAUGCCACAUUUUAAUCCGGAAAUAUCAGAAGGAACAACUAUGUAUUGCUCAUAAAUGACUGACAUCUUUUGAGAGAAUACAUGAAAAACCAGAAUGAUGCCUUUUGAUUCAAUGCAGUAUUUUUGGACGAGACUUGCAUAUAGUAAAGGAGCAUCUAGAAAAAACUGGCAAGACAAUUCUCUACACACAAUUCUAAAAAAAUAUGGCAAAAGAGUUCGCUGUAUAAUUUUACAUGCUGGCUCUAAAAUUGGCUUUUUGGAGUGCGUGUACAAGUUUUAUUUUUAAAUUGGGCUACUACCAAGAUUCAAGAAACCCUGAAAAUUUUGAAAGGUGAUUUAUAUAUUUUUUUACUUUAAAAGGUGGUUCAGUAAGCAGUUGUCGCCCUUCCUUAGUGAACCUUCAUUAAUAACAAUGGACAAUGCAUCUUAUCAUUGCCGACUUGCUAAGCCAAUACCUACUCAAAGUUGGAUCAAACAGUUUCUCGUCGAGUGUCUGUAAAAAAGGAUUAUUCCAUUUCAGCCAAGUUUAGUGAACGACCAGCUACGCGUGUUAGUAAAGCCACACACAAAACCCUUAAAAGUCACGCCAAGUAUUUUUCAUAAUAUAAUCUUUUAAGAAUGGACAAGUUAGCGUUGGAAAAUGGCCAUCGCGUCUUGCGGCUCUGUCCUUAUGAUUGCCAAUUUAAUGCGACAAAGAUAGCUUGGUCAGUAAACGGUAUUAUGAUGCCAAAAUAGGUUCCAUCAAUCCCGCUGUAUUACUGCAUUUCGGAACUAAAGCGCUAUGUUUCAUUCGAAAAAUGGUGAACUAUUGUAGGCACACAGACCGCCUGAUAAAUGAAGUUUGGGAAAAAGAAAGGUUAAUCGAC